AUGCAGAUGCAGGCCCAACUAACCACUCUAACCGAGUUGGUGCGUGGGCUAAUGACCGUGGUGGAGCGCUUAGAUGGAAGGAACUCCAUGCCGCCAUUAGAGGACGCCCCGAGGCCGCAGAGACCUGCUGCUACUGGAGAUCUGAACCACGGUGACCACCCACAUAUCCAAGAAGGAACCGAAGAUAGUGAGAAUCACCGGGGCCCUCCUAGGCCUCGGCCUUCCCAAUCCCCCGGCAGCCGUUUGGGAGCCGUCGGACUCCGAGAUCCCGAAGACCGGGUACCGAGAGGUCCAGGGAACCCCGAGGGGCUAUCCCAGAAUCCAGGUGGAAACCCGCCAGGAGACUCAGGCUCAGUGCAGGUAGGCGGCCAGGCCCGAGGCGGCCCCAACGUUCAGAGGGCGGAAGCGUCAAGAGUAGCCGGCUCGGCCAUUUCGACAGAAGAAGCACGCGCCAUCAUGGAACGUAUGGCCAGCCUGGAGCAAAAACUGACAGGGGACGUGGCGGGCCUGAAAAAGAAUAUAGGUCGUGUGGCUGAGGUGGUAAACGUCGAUAUCACGCCCAGUCGCACACAUGACCAUCCGUUUACCAAAGAAAUAAUGGCACCCCCUCUCCCCGAUAAAUAUAGGUCACCGUCAAUCCUGCCAUAUGAUGGGCGAGGAAAUCCCGACAACCAUCUGGAGAUGUACACUGGGCACAUGCUCUUACAUGGUUACGCUGAUGAGAUCAUGUGCCGAGCCUUUCGAAACCAUUUGACGGAUUUUGCCUGGAGGUGGUUCCGAACGCUGAAGCCAAACUCUAUCUCGAGCUGGGACGAGUUGAAGGAAGCGUUUUCCCUCCAAUUCAUAGGGGUCAAAAAGUAUGUCCCCCCAAAGCAGAAUCUGACGACGAUAUACCAAAAGCCAAACGAGUCACUGAGGGAAUGA